AUGGAAGGUUGUCCUAAAGAAAUAUUUGGCAGCGGGAAGAAGUCUUUCAUCAUUUUAGACAAUAUGGAAGUGGGAUUUUGUUCCAUUGUCCUCACCUUGAAGGCACUUAGAGGACUCGGUUAUACAGAUCUUAAUAAGCUGGAUGAGAUGCUUGUGGACGUUGGUCACACAGAGGUACUAGCUUUGCUGGAAUGCUUAUUCUCUUCGGAUACUCCUUUGAUGGAUGUGUUCUUGAUGAAACGGAGCUCAUGUAUUAUUACAAGGACACAUAACAUGCCAAACCUAGCUGUGCCAGCUUGUGGUAAAAAAAAACCAAAUGAGCUACCAUCAGUCACUGUAUUUGUUAGGAAGCAGGACAAGAAGUCAUUAUGGAAAAUAUCCGGAGCCAAUAUUAAACUGGGAUGCAUUGGCACCUUUUAUAAAAGCAUGAAGAGUUUGAGCUCUAGCGAAGGCACAACAAGUGUAUUGACUUGCACAUCUAUGCUUCCUAUGAACUAUAAUUUCCAGGCACCGCGGCUUGAUGUCUGUCGCAAAGAUUAUAGUGUGUGGACAGUGCUAGUAAACUCCCGGAGCUAUGCUUUGAAACUGAUGUAUCCAAACUAUGAUAGAAGUACAGAAUCAACAGUUCAUGGUAGCAGUGGGUUUGUAAGGAGAGGGACAACGUACAUGAUUUCAGAUGAUCUUACCAUCUCUCCUACUAACUCGUGUUCAACUAUUCGCAUACUGAAGAAGUUGAAUGUGGGCUUGGAUGAGAUUGAGGAGCAUGUAAUCAACAUUAGCAACACAGAGGUAUGA